CCAAAGGUCCUUCCACCCUCUGGAGCUGUUGUCAGGAAUUAGGCGCCCUCCUGCUCCUCUGGGGUGAAUCCCACUUUCUCAAUUGUGGGGCGGAGGAGGAGCGGCAGGGGGGAAAGGGAGAAGCAGGAGGGGCGGCCGCAGAGGGAGCAGCCGCGGGGGAAGGAGAAGAGGGGGCGGGAACGUGGGGGGUGAGGGAGACGUUUUCACUCUUUGUCACUCUUGAAUUGGGGGCGGAGGAAAAAACCCCACUGUGGGAAGCUAUAAAAAGCAUAGGCGGCGGCGGGGAAAGAGCAGACGGAGAGAGGGAGGCCGCGCAGAGCGCAGGGCCGCUGCCAGGGCAUCGCUGCGGGGUGCGACCCGGGACAACGCUUCGGGGGACUGUGCGCGCGCGCGGGGACCGCGGCUCGCUCACACCUGCAGGGGCCGGUCUGGGGGCGGUUCCUGGUCCCUCAUUCUAGCGCCCGCUAACUUUGAAAAGGAGGAUUUGUGUCCUGCAGAGGUUGAGACACAAAGGGUAGGGAAGGAACAGAGGAGAGAAAAGGGACUGAGGCCGGAGGAGAAGCAGCUCGAGCAGACUCUUGAGCCAUUCGGAGGAGGACUGGACCGCGGAGACCCGGGCGGACCCGCGGAGGUGCGGGGCCAGGAGCCACGCAAGCAGCGCGGUCCGCGGGGCUGAGUCUUCUUGCACCUCGGGUCACGCCUCCUUGGCUGGAAGGCUCGUCGCCUUUGAUUACUUCCAGUUCCCGAGGACUUCCUGCCCUGGUGGAGAAGCGGGUCUGGCUUGGGUCACGCUCGCUUCAGGUCUGAGGCGUGAGACUGAGUUCAUUCACGGCUGGGAGCCCACAGCCAAGAGGGGUCGGGGGAACAGAGUCUGCGAGCCCCCGCGCCCCGAGUGAGGGGCCCCGAGUUGGAGUCCUCUCUCCCCUUGCUUCCGCUCCCCUCCACGCUUUGCGCCUCCCCGGAGACCCCUCGCCGGGAGAUGGCCGCAUUGAUGCGGAGCAAGGACUCGUCCCGCUGCCUGCUCCUUCUGGCCGCGGUGCUGAUGGUGGAGAGCUCACAGCUGGGCAGCUCCCGGGCCAAACUCAACUCGAUCAAGUCCUCCCUGGGCGGGGAGACGCCUGCACAAGCCGCCAAUCGAUCUGCGGGCACAUACCAAGGACUGGCAUUCGGCGGCAGUAAGAAGGGCAAAAACCCGGGGCAGGCCUACCCCUGCAGCAGUGACAAGGAAUGUGAGGUGGGGAGAUACUGCCACAGUCCCCACCAAGGAUCGUCGGCCUGCAUGGUGUGUCGAAGGAAAAAGAAGCGCUGCCACAGAGACGGCAUGUGCUGUCCGGGUGCCCGCUGCAACAAUGGCAUCUGCAUCCCGGUCACCGAGAGCAUCUUAACCCCUCACAUCCCGGCUCUGGAUGGCACUCGGCACAGAGAUCGAAACCACGGUCAUUACUCAAACCACGACUUGGGAUGGCAGAACCUAGGAAGACCACACACUAAGAUGCCACAUAUAAAAGGGCAUGACGGAGACCCCUGCCUACGCUCCUCAGACUGCAUCGAAGGCUUUUGCUGUGCUCGUCACUUCUGGACCAAAAUCUGCAAGCCUGUGCUCCAUCAGGGGGAGGUCUGUACCAAACAGCGCAAGAAGGGCUCUCACGGGCUAGAAAUCUUCCAGCGGUGUGACUGCGCGAAGGGCCUGUCGUGUAAAGUAUGGAAAGAUGCCACUUACUCCUCCAAAGCCAGACUCCACGUGUGUCAGAAAAUCUGAUCACCCCAAGGAGAGGCGCCGUCAGCAGAAUGUGAAUCUGCAUAUUCAAUGCAUCAUCGCACGUUGGAAAAGAGGACUUGCAUCCCAGGAGAAUGGCUAAAGGAACGUGCUGCGAAUCUAGAGCACAGAAAGAGAGAAAGAAAAAGAGAAGCAAGUGGAUGAGAAAGGGUGACGAGCGUAGUACAGCCAGUGUGUUUCCAUGAUGCAACUUGUUGAUGUAAAUAAUGUACACAUUUGUGAAAAUGCUGUUCCUGAAAAAAAUCACCGCGUGGAAAUUAGUGACAGAUACUGUGUGACUUUCCAAAAGUUUAGCUUGUGCUGGAGGAUGUUUCCUUCAGGUUGGUGAUGGCCCAUAAAAAUAAUCUAAAAGCCGUAUUUCUAUUCAAACUUACAGUUUAACAAAAUACUCCCAGUGUAUCUUGUCAUAUGAUAGGCUCUAAAACAUGAGAAGAGUUGUUAACUAGGAAAUGAAAGCAUGGAGCAUAGUUAAUCUGCAACACAGAAUCACCUCUUAACUUGGAGCACUGUGUCUACUGCUCAAUUAAAGGGCUUGCUAGACAAGAGAAAAAGCAGUCAGUAUUUUCCACAUAUUUUCAAAAUAAUUGCAGGUCUUUUAUCAAGGCCUUUCAAAAAACAACCUUGGUCUUGCUCAAACUGCUUAUUUACAUUUUUCAAAAAUUUAAUUUCACGUAUAAUUAAUAAGAACUGGUGUAAUAAGACAGGAACAGUCCAUUCAGAUUCGAAAGGAAUCACAUCGGAUCUCUCUUAAUUUUAUGUGAUUCCUACCCUGGAUGUCUUUUACUUUCCAAACUAUGCCCAUUAAGUAUGAUUAGCACAGAGCAGAAUUUUCACAGGUUACAAGUAUUUUUAAGAUCUUCAAAAUAGGUGGGAAACAGAGCUAAUAGAUGAUUAUUUUUGAAGGCUUUGGCAUUCCCUAUGCUUUGGUAGAGUUAGACUGGUGAGUACACACAUUCUUUACGUCCUCUGCAGUACAGCAGGGACAGCUGAUACAGAGCCUUCAGUUCCGUCUAUUCUGCACUGAAGCAGAGCAAGGCAACGGGAAAGACUGUCAAGGAUCCAGGUUUGGGCAACGCAUAGAUCAUAGGUCUGACGUGCAAACCGACUUUGCAUAGUUGAAGCCCCUGGCUGCCCAACCUAAAUGGAAAUUUUCCAUGGGAUUUGCUAUCACAAUAUUUACUAUGCAGAUGAGUUCGGUGUGAGGUCACUUGACCUCAAAAUAUUUAUUUUAUAUUUUUGAGGUCCUUAGAUAAUCUCAGUAUGAGGAGGUCUCACGGAAUGACCUCCCAGAGUGAGAUUCCAUCGCCCUCAUGAGCUUCUAACCUGCCAAUGACACCACCUGAUUUUGCUGCACCAAUCUCUCUCUCAAACAACUGUUUUAUUGCCAAAGAUAUAGUUUCCGUUUUCCGAAGCCAUUGAGAUUAAAAAAUAUAAACAGAAUAACUUGUAAAAUCUACAUAUCGCUAAUCUAUGGAAACCAUAGGUUCCAAAUUCUUUGAAACCAUUUUAUUGCUUUUUUACAUUACUCAGUCCUAAAUAUUACGUCUAAAGCAUAAAGCAAAAAAAAAGUUAUCUUGUAGUUGUUACCUUUGACCUUUUCUUUUGUAUUCUGCAAGUCACUCCUUAGUUUUCUUUUACUCAGACCCCAUCUGCAGUCUCAAACUCAAGGUCUCCCAGCAGAAAUUGAAGCUGAGCCCACGUCUAUUAAGAAUUUCAGCUUCCCACACAUAUUUACUAGGAUGAUUAAGACUUACAUUUUCCCCACAUGUCUGCUAAAGCAACAAUUACAAGCUAAUCUAUCCAAGAAGGAAAGUCUGUACAACAGGUUUCUACAAGCUUGGCAACAUGAAAAUGGAACAUUUCAGUCAAACAUUUCCUAUAUUGCAAUUACAUUCACAAUCUGGUUUCUGCAUUAUUCCCCUUACGUACAUCCCUUCAAAAAUUAUUAUUUGAAGUAAUUUAUUUACAGGAAAUGUUAAUGAGAUGUAUUUUCUUAUAGAGAUAUUUCUUACAGAAAGCUUUGUAGCAGAAUAUAUUUGCAGCUAUUGACUUUGUAAUUUAGGGGAAAUGUAUAAUAAGAUAAAAUAUAUUAAAUUUUUCUCCUCCAAAAAUUGAA